AUGAAGCGUUAUCGAGGGUCACUCGUGUUUAUUUAAGCGUAAAACUACAUAGUGAUGUUAGCACACCUGUUACUCACUAUAGCGCAACAGAAAGCUAUGUUUGUUAUUCUUCUUUGGUGAAUUCCACCGCAUUUCAAACAAACUGUAGUACAAUCCAGUCGGAUUUAGGACCUAUUUACUGGCUUAACCUGGUGAAACUUGAACCCUCCAGUCGGUUUUUUGGGGCAACAUGAAGGGCUGGGUCUUAGCCUUGCUUUUGUUUGUUUGUCUCAUAUAUGUUAUCAUUGGUGGAGUAGUGUUCCAUUUCAUAGAAACUCCAAAUGAGGAUACAGUGAGGACAACAGCUUUCACAGGAUAUCAGAAUUUCCUUAAGAAUUUUACAUGUGUAAGUCAAGAGGAACUGGAAACUCUCAUCAAAACCAUUAUUAAGGCUUAUGACAGUGGUGUAUUGCAGACCAAUUCAACACAAAGUGCUUCUAACUGGGACAUUCCAAGUGCUGUGUUUUUCUCUGCUACAAUUAUCACAACUAUAGGAUAUGGAAACAUCUCCCCAACAACUGCAGGUGGACGUGCCUUCUGUGUCAUAUACGCCAUAUUUGGCAUUCCAAUGAUGGGCGUUAUCCUUGCCACGAUAGGUCAAAAAAUAAAAAAUGGAGCUCAGAAAUUGCGAAAUAGAUGCUUCCCAGGCAAAGAAAGUAGAAAAAUCUGGAUUAUAAAGUCAUUGCUUACGCUAGCAUUGGGAAUAAUCCUGUUCAUGAUUGUUCCUGCUGGUAUAUUUACUGCUAUAGAAGGCUGGACUUAUGCUGAGAGUUUGUACUAUACUUUCAUCACUCUGACCACAAUUGGAUUUGGGGACUUUGUUGCUGGUGUUGAAAGUGAUCCAGCCUUUCGGGGUGUGUAUCGUUUGGCUGUGACUGGAUGGAUUGUUUUGGGCCUGGCCUGGGCUGCCGUUAUUGUCUCCAACUUAACAGAUGAUGUAGAGGAAACAGCAAACAAAGUGGAAUUAAAACUGCAGAAGGGAAAAGAAAACAAAGCAGCUGAAGGUGAAGAUGAGGAAACAACAGAAAAUGGCAAAGAUUCAAAAGGAAAUCCGUAAUCUGUUGUUACCUUAUAACACAU